AAGCAACAUAUGUAUUCCUCACCCAUUGGAACAUAACUUAAUUGUUAAUUCUGCUUUCGGAGGCAUUUUGAUGCUGACGAAUGUCUAUAAUGACGGCAGGGAACUGAAAUACAUGUACGUGUAACUUCCUUUGAUUGAGUGGAUUCGGAGUAAGGACAUUGGGUAGAAGUCGUGAAAACAGAGAUGUAUCUUGAAAAUGCGUGGAUGUAUUCCAAAGAGGGACACCCAGAUCAUGGUACAUUGUACUAAUGACCAGAUUGCGUGUCAUCGAAUCAGCGAUCUGUGCCGCGUCCUUGGGUGGAUGCAGCCAGGUGUUUGGAAAUAUCACGAGGGAUUUACUAAAAUAAAGAAACGUGUUUUGGCAAAACGAAAAUUAGUAUCAUGAGAUUAUCAAUGUUGUGGGUCGCACUCGUGAACAUCUGCAUUGUGUGGACAACUGGUCUACACACAAGAAGUUCGUCUAAGGUAAAUAGAGUAUGUUACAGAUCGUGUACAAUAAAGGUCUCCUUUGCCAGAGUGUAUUAUAGAUCCUGCGGAUUUUGGGGGUGGGGACGAUGUGCCACAUACACGCAUGGUUAUAAAUCUCGGAAAACACACUGCACAUAUUUCUGUCCAGUUCACGGAAGGUGGACAGACUACACGCCGUGGUCUGCGUGGUCAAAAUGUGGGAAAACUUGCGGUAUUGGCACUCGAUUCCGGAUCCAAUACAGAUCCUGUACAAACCCCGCCCCAAAGCACGGAGGGAGACCCUGCCAAGGACUUACCAUUAAGAAAGAAUCGGAUCAGUGUAACGACAGAGAAUGCCCAAUUAAUGGUGGCUGGACAUCCUACACGGUCGCGGAUAACUGGACAAGUUGUUCCGUGACAUGUGGACAGGGAAUAUCCAAACGUGUCUUGUCCAGAAGCUGUACCAAUCCCAUGCCUCAGUAUGGCGGGAAGGACUGUGAUGACGGGUACACUAAAAUAGAAACCAAGACCUGCAAAGUCAAGGAGUGUCCAGUGGAUGGUGGAUGGACAAAUUUCACGGCCUCGGGCACCUGGAGCACGUGUUCUACAACCUGUGGAAAUGGUUUAAAAACACGGACACUGACACGCACGUGCACAGAUCCAAAACCUCAACAUGGCGGGAAACAGUGCACAGGGUCGGCCACGGAAACAGAAAACAAAGUCUGUCUAUUAAAAUACUGUGUGUGCAAAAGCAAAUGUCCAGUGGAUGGAGGUUGGUCUACGUUUAGCUCAGGUGGAAAAUGGUCGACAUGUAGUAAAACCUGCAACGAAGGAACGCAGACCCGCCUACGUACACGGACGUGCACAAACCCAGCCCCCCAAAAUGGAGGACUUGCUUGUCUUGGUGAAUCUACUAAAACAGAAACAAAAACAUGCCUGAUAAGAAAGUGCCCAGAGUACGCAAUUAUGGAACCAUAUAAUUUCAUCGGAAACAUAAGUCAGACAGCUAAAUUCACCUGCUUUGCCAAUCCGCCUGACGCCAAAUGGAUUACCAUGAAACUCAUUGAUAAAUCCUCAAAGAAAACAGUGAUAGAAAUAUCCAGCAAUGGGACCAUUCAUUCCAGUAACAGUCGAGUGACGGGUAGCAUUGAAACCCGGGCAAACCAAGUCACGGGGUCCUUUUCGUUUGUUCUCUCCCGUGGCCCUGGAGUCUGCUCCUUGGUUUCCGAUUACCAAUGUGAUCUGAAAAUGGCUGACACAACCGCAAAAGCCGUAGUGGACGAGAGCUUCCUAGAUAUCACAGCACCGCCAUCAAAUGUAAAUGUGUGGCUCCAGCCGUCAUAUUCUACGAGCGACAAGUCUGUUCAGACAAUUAACUGUACUGCUAACCUCGGCGUUACAUCCACAGUCUCGCUGGAUCUACAAAUCAAAUUCAACGGCGCCUUUGUGGCGUUUGAUGCCAAUGAUGAACUCUCUCAGUGGAUCAUAGAGGGGUCACGGAACGCUGAUUGCAGUCAAACAGUCAAGGUCACAUAUAAAGUCCCGAUGGUAAAUCCGAAAAUGGACGGAGUAGAGCUGAAUUUGUUAUUAGACAAAAUCCUUGGGGAGGAGAUUGGAAAUGUGUAUGACAGGGCUAAACUAUCUGAGUUGGUGAAAGUGACAAAAGAGUUCAAUGAUCUUAAAAAUGAUGAAGUUAAUAUCAUAUCAGGGGCGUUAGAUUUGUCGACAAAAUCUGUCAUAGAAGUAAUGACUAAGAUUGAAGAUGUCUUCAUGCUUGAUAUCAACAGCAUUCUUGACUUUGAAACUGUGUCAGAAAUUAUGAAACGUGGAUAUACUCGUAUUCCCAUUUAUGAAAGUGAACAAGGGAAUAUAGUAGCACUCCUGAACAUUAAAGACUUGGCUCUGAUUGAUCCUGAUGAUAAAACACCAAUCCGAACUGUGAUUAAAUUCUAUCAGCACCCAUUAAUUUUUGUCUUUGAUGACCAGAAGCUUGACACAAUGCUACAGGAAUUUCGUCAAGGUCAUUCCCAUAUGGGGAUUGUCAGAAGAGUGAACAAUGAGGGGGAUGGAGACCCUUACUACGAAACCCUGGGGGUACUGACGCUGGAAGAUGUUAUCGAGGAAAUCAUCCAAUCAGAGAUCAUCGAUGAAACAGACAUCAUAACUGACAACAGGAAAAAGACCAGGCGAACCUUGGCCAAGCAGGACUUCAGCAUGUUUAACACCUCAGACCCCAACACUAUAUUUGUUUCUCCUCAGCUGGCCCUUGCUGCAUUCCAGUUCUUGUCCACCUCUGUUGAAUUGUUCAAAGAAGAGUAUGUGUCAGAAAAUGUAUUGAAGAAGCUGAUUCGCCAAAACAUUGUGGAGGAGAUUGUCAUGAAAGAGAACUCUGAUCAGUACCUGUACAGAUUGAAUACUCCAUGUGAUUUCUUUAUACUGCUUUUGCAAGGUAGUGCUGAAGUGACGGUGGGAAAAGAAGGACUGCGAUUUGUCAGCGGACCAUUCACCUAUUAUGGCAGUCAAGCAUUAAAGAUCAACGACAAUUCUCUGAUCUACCCAAGUAGUACAGAGAGUUUAUAUAUAAAAUCAGAGCCCUACAUCCCUGACUUUUCACUGAGGGUAGAAUCAAACCUGCUAUUUGUCAGGGUUCGUCGUGCCCAGUACAUCGCAGCUAGGCGUGCAACCAUGAUGGGCAAAGCCAACCUAAAGAGUGAGGAUGAAGCUUUUGCGAAAGAGUGGCAUAAGGUAAAGAUCUUGUCAAACUUGACAAAUAACGAAACUCACCACCUGAACAAUGGACGUUAUUCUGAUAAAAUGAGGAGGGCCUCAAGUUUAUCUGUUCCAUUUACCAACCAAGUAGAAACCAGGAGUGAAUCAGCCGAGUGGAAAGUCCACAAUACAUCAGACGGAGGAAUUGUGAUCCACAACGUUGCAAAUGAUUCUGAAGAGAUUCAGACAAGGGAACGUUCUGCUACUGAACCAAACGAGAAUGAUCUAAGCCUUCAAAGGAUUGUGGCAAAAGCAAGCUCUUUGGAAAGUGGAGAUAGUAUCGGGUUUGAAGAUGCAAAGUCGGAACAAGAAGGUCAACAAGAGCAACAUGAACAAACUCCUUUAAUCACAAGCACAGACAAAGGCAAUGAAGAGUCUUCAUGACACCGAUUUUAUUGAGAAACAUGCAGAACAGCUUCAGUUGUUCUUUUGAUAUGCAUCUCUUAAAAUUUGUCACUCCAUAAAUAGUUGGGGUUAUGAUGGAAAAUAAUUCAAACUAAUAUUUAGAGAUGGUUAACGAAGAAUGCUGAAAAGUAAGUCACUGUGGUAUGGAUUAUCCUUCCUGUUGUAUUUGUUUGGAUGGAUUUUACCAUUUUCAUGUUGGGUUGUUGUUGUUUGUUUUGUUUUUUUAAUGUUUUCUGGCCAUUUUCUACUGGUGGUUAAAUGAAGACAAAAUGAUUUUUAAAAUUUUGUCUACUAAAAAUAACUCAGUUUCAUGUUAAAUAGGAUAUUAAUGAAAGUUUUUGAGUGAGACAAAAUUUUAUGCAUUUAAGCAUUGAAAAAUGUACUAAGGAGUGUAAUUGAAUGAAAGGAAUUUUUUCUGGUAUAUUUUCCAUUAUUUGCCUGGCUGAAAUACAUGUACAUAUGUGUAUAUACACAUGUAUUUAUGUUAUUAUGUUCCAGUAUUGUGGAAUAUACCGUAUUAUGGGUAUUUUCUGUGUUUGCCAUUUUUGGGGGAUAUAGGAAAAAUUCGCAAAAAUUACCAUCCCAAUACAAAUAGAUAUAUAAUACAGGUACAUGUAAUGUAUAGUCAUAAUGCAACCACAGACAUUGGAAAUGCAGAAUAUAAUUUGCUACCUUUCAGGAAUUAAAUUGCAAAACUUUCCAACCACAGAAAAUGCCCAUUAUGCAAUAGUCUAUUUUAAGAAUUUGGCUGGAUGGACAAACAAUAUUAAAAUAAAUGACUUAAGAUAUUGUAGUAAAUAGGUGUACCUCGUUUAGUAGGUGUUUUAUGGGCAUAUCAUGCAUUUGUUAACAGAGAUUUGUACAGUCUAUUAUAUCAUUACUCAGAUUUUACUCAUGAUGAGAGGGAAUUACAUACGAGGUGGAUUGCACUGCCUGUAGAAUUUUUACAAUUUUCUGUUUUAAUACACUGUACAAGAGACACUCUUGUCUAUGUGUAUAAUUAUAUUGUGUUGAUUUAACACACAAAGAGCUGGUAAAAUUUUAAGUGCUAUUUGUGUAUACUUGUAGGACACAAAAUUUUGAUUGUUGAGAUUUUGUUAAUAUGACAUCAUGAUUUAGAUUUAUUGGUUUAAAAAAAUUCAAGUGAAUUGUUAGUAAUUUUAAAGAAUUAUUUAUAUGUAUCCAUCAUUGAUAAGAAUCAUCUUUAUUCAUCUCUUAAAGGAAAAUUAUAGUGUUAUAAUAUAUAGUUGAUACUCCAGGAAUUGGUACACUGACACAGUAAUUUGUAGUCGAGUCAGAAAGUACCAUUAUUAUGUACAUAUACAUGCAAGUAUCGUUUUCCAUCAUAUAUUCAGUGUGUUUAUGGUAUGUAAAACUCACAUGUUAUACAUCACUCAUCUGAUUGGUUGAAACUGGUAUUACAGAUGUCAAGUAUUAGUCCAGUUUCCUCCAUGAUUUUACUUGUGCAGGUACCUGAGACAUUACUUUUGAACAUUGUUGAAUGUAUAGAUUAUUAUUUUGUACCUAUCUAUGUCACAUCCUGUACUGGGUAAUGUAAUGACCAGGUGUUCCUCGAGUAAUGACCAGGUGUUCCUGGAGUAAUGUAGGUGAUUUGUAAAGAAUAUUGGUCUCCCUGAUACUGUCAACAGAGAGUUCUGGUAAAAUUCAAAUUAGACAACACAUACAUGUAGACCACAGAUGCAUCAAAUUUGGGAAUAAUGGUUAUAUAUAAACAAGCAAACUGUAGAAUAUGCAAAAUAGUUAUUGUAUAUGAACUCAAGGGUGUUGAGUAUUUGUAAAACUCAGGUAGAGUAUAUUGCUGUCAAAGCAGAUCAUUUAAUGGACUUUGUCAUUUUCAUUUGGCGGGUUAAUGUUUGUUUUGUGUUUUUGUUAUAUUUUCUUCUUUUUUGUACUUGGUAUUGAUUUGGGUCAGCCGUUAGAUGCACUGUGUCACAUUACAUUCCGUAUUGCAAUAUUGUGUAGUAAGUAAGCCUGUUUUAAGCCAUUUUAUAGCAGUAUUAUGUUUCUUCAAACAGUAGUAGGAAAAUGUGGAUAAUUAUACUGAAUCAGGAAUUAGGAACACAAUUUAAGAAGAUAUUGAUAAAUUGUACUUGUACUACCUAAAUUACAGCAUUUGGAUUAUAAAGCAUGUAUACACUAUGCAGAAUACUUACCAAAAUCACAAAUCAGUAUUGGAUUAAAAUACUUCUUAUGACAUUAAAGGGUAUAUUUCCGUGCUUCAGUUGAUACUAAUGAUAAUGAUUUUAUUUUUCUAUUCGUAAUUUGUUUUAUACAUUUGUUGUGGCAAGCCGUCCAAGUGUAGAGUAUAGUCAUCGCAGUAUGUAGGAAACAAAAUUCUUUAUUGCUAAUGAUAGUAAUUAGUCAUUUAUUAAGUUGUUUUAAUUCUUUAUUGCUAAUGAUAGUAAUUAGUCAUUUAUUAAGUUGUUAUUCCAUAAAUUUUAAAUAACAGCACCAAUUCUAUAGCUCUAUCUUUUACAUAUUUAAACUACAAUUCUAGUCCUGCUUCAUGGAACUAUGUUCGUCCUAUUUGUUUAUAGAGUCUUGCUUUUGUGAUAUUGUCAAAGAAAUAACAUAUAUUGCCCCCCCCCCCUUUUAUUUCCUUGGAAAGUUUCAUAGGUCAUUACAAGGCAUUGUCAGCUCACUAAGCCAUUUAAACUUAAGUGAGCUUUUCUGAUCAAAAGGAUUAGGUUUAAGAACAGGUAUAUUUUAAACAAAUUUUGCUGUUGGUUUUUUUUUUUGAUAUUCUAUAAUUUCAUGUUUAAAAUACCAAGUGGAAGAAACCCUUGAAUUUAGGUUACCUAAGUCUGUCUGUCAUCAUGCAUCCAUCAUAAACUUUUAAACAUUUUCAUUUCAGAUCUCUGGAAUGGCUUAACCAAUUUCAACCAGAUUUGGUAUAUAACAUGUAAAGGUCAAAGGGAUUAAAAACUGAAUUUCAUGGUCUCUGCCUUCCUGGGGCUUGAGGGGUGUGACCAAAGCCAUCAAAAUUAAUGUGAUCUUAAAAAAAUCUUCUUUAUGAGCAACAAGCUGUCAAACUAUUGGCAUGGUUAUGAUAAGCAAUGAGUCCUAUACCAAAAACUAUGAAAUUCAUGACACCAGGGUUUAGGCCCUAAGGUGGAGUUAAGUUGGUCAUGUAUUAAAAAUUCAUUAUAACUUAGAAAAUCUUCUUUACUUCUGGACUUCAAGGAGGAAAAAUACUUGCAUGAUUAUGAGCAUUGAGCCCACUACUGAAAUUGGGAAAUUCAUGACACCAGGGUAGGGCUAGAUUUGUCAUAUAUAUUAUGUAUUAAAGAUGUGAUGCAAAAUCAUAUUUUACUGUCGGACAUCAAGCAGACAAACUGUCGGUAUGAUUAUGAUAAGCAAUGUGAAAUUUUUUACUCCAUGAUGAGGCUUUGUAGUGAACUUGUGAUUUGUUUCAUUUAUACAGACACAUGUCCAUCAUUAACAUAUGUAUUUUCUACCCAUUUAGAACCACAUUGUCAUUUUCACUUGCCAAAGAGUAUUCUUUGUUGAAGGGAAUUCAAGUUUUCAUUUUUAUUGCAUGAAGGUUCAUGCAUCUUCCCAAAUGAAGAUUAUUAAGAAAUAAGUGAAAGUAGGGUCAAUAGCUUAUAAUGAAGGUCAUUGUAUUGUUUAAAACAUUUUGUACCGAAAUACAGAGGAAAAAAUUUGAAAUUUUAAAAUCUUUUUAUGAGCCACGUACAUGUAGGUACAAUUUGUCUAGAACAGAAUCAUAUAUCAAGUUUGUUCACAUUGUGACCUACAUUACCAGCGCAGUCCACAGCAGGGUUUAAAGUUUGACAUAGGAAUACAUAAGAAAAUUCUUUGAAAAUCUUUUUCAAGAAAUAUAAGGAUUGCAGUUUGUCAAACUGAUAUUCAAACAACUUCAAUUGUUCACAUUCAAUCAAUUAUGAUUGAAUGUUUUUAAUCUCUCUCUCUCUCUCUCUCUCUCUCUCUCUCCAGUGGUGGAUUUAAGGGAGCGCAGCCUGUGCCCCCCCCCCCUAAAAUUUUCAAAUUUAAGGUAAAUCGCGGUCUCUUAAUAAUUGUUUUAAAAAAUGUACUAAACGAUAAAAGAAGCAAUAAUGUCUUCCACUCCCGGAGAAAUAAAUGACAAGAUCAGGUUAGAACCAGUCAGAUCAGGUUAGGACCACAUGCACAGUUAUAGGGAUUAAUGUUAUUCUGGUGAGCGGAGUGGCCAUGGAACUGUUAUGUAGAAAGAUCCAUCUAGCAAUAUCAUUUUUCAGCACACACAUUCAAUCUCUUUAUAAUUGGUAUUAUAUGUUAGAUCCGCUUGUGUAGUGAAGUAUGUGGGCGGAUCUUGUGUUAAAUGGAUUAUAUUCAGACUAUCUUUAUAAUAUGGUAUUCAGCAUUAAUUGUUGUAUGGUAUUCAGCAUUAAUUGUUGAUGUCACUUUUACUUUAUUUUGGGCUAGCCGCUAUGUUACCACACAUAUUCUUCGUAUUUUGUUUUUCAAACACAGCUUUAUAAGAUUUGUUCUUUCAAACUGGUGAUCAGAUACUAGAAUGGAAAACAUGAAAAAUUUUUGUUUUUGUUUUUAAUAUUUUUGAUAAAAUAUAGUGAUCGCUUGAAAAUCACUUGCACGUUAAGAAUGCAUGCGCGUUGUAGACUUUUUAAAACAAAAGUCGGGACACUUUAUUAACAGAGCUCUGCGGUGUGUUCGAUAGGUACUUGGAUUCUCACAUUUCACAAUUAAUUUAGAUAGUUCAGCUGUCAGUUGUGUUUUAACAACUGAUCAGUGUUGUGAUGAACAUAUUGCUUUUCUGUAUGCCACAUUGUAUAAAGAUUCCUGGUAUACUUAGUAACCGAGUACUCAUGUGAUCAUUGUAAAGUUUAGAAUGUUUAAGACACAGAAUGUCGCUAUUCUCCCCACCUCUAACUCUCGUUUACCUGUUUUCUUGUGAUGUGUAUAUAAAUGUUAUAACAAAUAAAGGCUGUUGAGCAGUAUGAUAGA